AUGUCUCGUUCUUUAUACCCGAAGUUUGCACCAGACGAUGAACGUUUUGUCUCAACCAGACCUUCUUUUCCCACAGUGUCGUCGCCAACUUCAAGUGAACCGGAAAGCAGCAGCAAUGCAGAUAGUUAUGACGAGGCAGUGGUUCGAAGGAUAUUAGCUUGUGAUAGCAAGGAAUGGUAUGAUAUACUAGGGGUGAGCGAAACAUGCUCGACGGAAGAGGCCAAUAGGGCCUUUAGAACUAUUUCAUUUGUUGUUCACCCCGAUAGGAACAAGUCUCCAGGUGCGAAAGCAGCAUUUCAAGCGAUAAAUAAUGCUGCUGAGGCUCUAAGAGCCGGAGAAAACUACCAGGGAAUUGAGAGUACGGAGCCGGCUACAGAGGACCAAGCGCCACAGCCUGAGAAGCAUCCAGAACCCACGGCUUUCCAGAAGGAGGUAUACGGGAAUGCUACGCCGCAUAUACAGCACAUUCUGCUUAGUGGUCUAAGCACCGGAAUCCAGGAAAAGCUAGACAAGCUGAAUGAAACAAUCGAGGCCAAGAACAAAGAAGGCAAUCCAACUGCGGGCAGUAUAGAGUCUGGACAGGGCGCCAUCCCGUACCAUACCUAUGAGGGUUACUGGGAUGUGUCCCAGAGACACCAAAGCCUGCUCGCAAAGGAUACUACAGCGCUAAGCUGGUCGGAUAAAGUGCAGCGGGAGGUAGCAGAAAAGGCGCUCCCAGCUAUGGCUAUGACAGUUGAUGAUUUCAAUAAAGAGCGUGGGUAUCCACUGGAAUGGAACUGGUCGCGAGCUUCAUUCCCUCAGUUCUUUCCAGCUCCUCAAGGUCCUCAAGGUCCUCAACCUCCUCAAGGUCCUCAACCUCCUCAACCUCCUCAAGGUCCUCAAGGUCCUCAACCUCCUCAACCUCCUCAACCUCCUCAACCUCCUCAAGCUCCUCAGACUGAUGACGGGCUAGUGGAGGUAGAGGAGCCAGUGCCGACUCCUAUUCGAGAUUCAGGCAACACCAGAGAAGGCCAUAAAAUUAUGGGUGUCGUACGAGCCGGUAGUAGAGGAUAUCGAUUUUUGACUUGGAAUAACAAGGAUUGGAGGAAAGAAAAUGCCCUGGAUCUUCGGGCAGGUGGAGAUAUAGGGUAUGAUGUGGUUGACACAUUCUUCGAAGACCAUGAACUAAGUGCCUACGACCUUUCAAAUUCGAAAACCAAGAUUUCUAGAGAGCAAGAUGCGAAAAACUACCGAUACAUUGCCGCAAUCGGGUCCAGCCCGAUUAAAAUAGAGAAGUUAAACCGCGGUCCAAGAUAUCCGACCAGCUACUCACUCACCUCUUUCCAGGAGAUGACGAAAACUGGACCUAAAACAUAUGAGCACAUCCUAGAUAGGACUGCAUUAGUAAAGCUGCUUGGUCCAGUCGCCGCGGACACGGAGAUCGCAAAUUUUUACACAAAACGUAAUAUUACAGCACCAUGGGAGGUGGGACCACUCGCUCAGACUACUGGGAAAGCCAGAGCUAUCGAUUUAGUUGAUAUCGGUAGACCUACAGCUCAAAGGAUCCUUCCUACGGCUACAACUUUUGUCAACCCUCUUAUGGCUACAGCCACACCUGUCGUCAACCCUCUUACGGCUACAGCUACACCUGUCGUCAACCCCCUCAUGGCUACAGCUACACCUGUCGCCAACCCUCUCAUGGCUACAGCACCUGUCGUCAACCCUCCAGUCGAUACUCCUAUGACAGGCAUGCUUUCUACUACCAGCCCAGAUACCGCGAAUGAGCAGCGGCGACUAAUGGGCGAGGUUGAGGGUCUAAAGUCUCAGAUGGAGGAAAUGAUGGCACUUAUGAGACGGCUUCAGCCGGCCCCUGCCGUAACAAGUUUUGCUGGAUAG